UCCUCAUCUUCCACCACCGCCGCUGGUCACCCUUUCACAAUUAUCUGUCGCUCCCUCCUCUUAACAUUGCAUUUCUCGACCUCCAAAACACCAAGAGGCACGCCAUCAGCUGACCUAUCCCACUAAAAAUAUUCCAUUACUAGCACAGCACAGCAUGGCCGCAUUCCGCCUUUUCCCCCAUCUCCCCUUUGAGCUUCGCGCUCAAAUCUGGCAGCUGACAGUGGAGCCGCGUACUGUCGAGGUCCGCGUUAAGAAAGUUGAUGGAUUAAGGGGCAAGAUUCUGCAUGUAACCUCAUCAACACCAGUACCUACGGUCCUUCAGGUCUGCCAUGAAGCCCGAAACCAAGGGCUAUACCAACAGGCCUUCAAGUUCCCCUCAGGGGUUAAGCCGCAGUAUGUCUGGGUGAAUUUUGAGAUUGACAUGAUCUCAAUUGGAGACACCUAUUUCGAUACAAUUGAAUCAGCUGAACAACAGCUGAUUCGCCGGCUUACUAUUCAGCGCGAGAAUACAGACUCCUUUUUCUACUCUGAGUCCCGGGAGUUACAAAUGUAUUCUAAUCUAGAGGAAAUGCAUGUCAUCUGUGAGGAUGGCCUGCUGGCAUGGCAGGACGCCUGGGAGUAUGUUUACUGGCCAUGCCCAAAAGAGAAUCUAAGGUUUAUUGAUAAGGAGACGGGGCAGAUUGCGGUUGGUGAGGACCUGGAUAGGAUGUCAGACGAAUGGAUGGCAACUUGGUGAUCCUAAAUGAUUAUUCAAGCCCUUAUCUUAUAAGUUAGUUUAUAGAACUUGCUGUUUAAGCUGACAAGGUGGUUGCGUUCGUUACCAUUCUGGCUCAUAACAACCUGCUCAAACGUCAGUGAUGCCCAUCAACUACUAUCUGUCUAGUUUUACCACACUGACUGGCCAGCCA